AUGGCAUCCAAGCCCACCGUGAUCCUCGUUCCAGGUGCCUGGCACCACGAGCACACAUGGCAUAAGCUCAUCCCAGACCUCGAGCGCCGCGGUUACGCUACGCGCGCCAUCCGCAACCCGUCGCUCGGCAAGCCCGCUGCCGAUGGCCUUGUGGAUGCCGACGCAAACCACUUGCGCUCUGUCAUCGACCCUUACCUUGCCGCUGGCACCGACGUGAUUGUUGUUGCCCACUCUUAUGGUGGGAGCGUCUUGUCUCCAGCGCUGGCGGAUUACGCUUGGAAGAAGGACGAGGGCGGCAAGGGCAGAGUAUUGGGACUCGUGUACAUUUCAGCCUUCAUUCUGGGCGAGGGCAAGAGCCUUGCGCAUAUCAUGUUCCCCCCGGACGGCAAUGGUAGCCCGAUGAAAGCUGACGAGAACGGUUUCAUCCCCCCACCCGACCCGUACAUCUUCUACAACGAUCUGCCUGAAUCCGAGCAGCGUGAGCUGCACAAAGGCCUGCUGCCCAACCCAGGCAACGUUGGCACCGUGCCCGGUACCGGCGCCCCUUGGCAUAAUGUGCCCACCGUAUUCAUCAAGUGCUCCAAGGACGUCAUCCUGCCGCUCGACAUCCAGCAGAAGAUGCUGGACAGCAUCGAAGGCAGCGAAAAGGUGCGCGUCGUGACGCUCGACAGCUCGCAUUCGCCCAUGCUGAGCAUGCCGGAAAAGGUGGGCGAUGCCGUGGCGUUGGCCGAGGAGCUAGGGAGAGAGAAGUUGGUGAAGGAAGGAUUCGCAUAG